AUGCCGGACCCCCGGUUGCUGGGCGGCCGCACAUGGUCCCCGGGUCCCAGCCUCACAUCAGGCCGCUGCCUCCCGCCUGCGCAGAAGUUGGAGGCUGGGCGCGGGGCACAGGGACAGCCCUCUCCCUCUCCGUCCCGGACCGCGCCCGCCCACCCCGCGCCUCCCCGCGCCCCAUCCGCGCCCGUGGAGCCCCAGGCCGGCGGUGCAGCCAGUUACCAGGGCGCGGAGAACAUGACGCAGUGCGCGGCGCUCUGGAUGCCGCGCGUGCCCGUGCCCGUGUACAGUGCACAGUGCGGGGCCCCGGCCCCAUCCGCGCCCGUGGAGCCCCAGGCCGGCGGUGCAGCCAGUUACCAGGGCGCGGAGAACAUGACGCAGUGCGCGGCGCUCUGGAUGCCGCGCGUGCCCGUGCCCGUGUACAGGUGCUUGGCGUGCGGGUCCUGCCCGUCCCCGCCAUCGGCUGGGGGGGACCUGUCCGACGCUGCACCUGCCCCCCACCCCCGGCUCCUGUGCCCGCGCGCCCCAGCGCCCGCUCCGGCUCAGCAGCCCCAGUAG